GUGGACAUCACUUGGGGACAAAUUUCAGUUGCGGUUUUCUAGUUGAACGGUGCGGUCGAAAAAGCUGAAGGAAAAGCUAACGCUCUGACUGGUAGUGCAAUCAUUCAUCGCAUGGAACGAUCGAAAGCGGCAACCGUACCAACCAAUUAAGAUGUUGAACCUGAAAAUCGACACCCUGCCUGAACCAGGCAACCGCUACCAACUCGGGGAGGUGAUCGGAACCGGGGUUUGUGCCAAGGUGUACAAAGCGGUCGAUACCAAGGCAAGCAACAAGAACGUGGCCAUCAAGAUCCAGAAGUAUGAGGCAGAGCUGAAGACGGCCAUUCAGGAGGAAUAUCGCAUUUUGCGUGAUUACUCCAAUCACGGCAACUUGUUGGAUUUCUAUGGAGUUUACCGGAAGAAGGUCCCUGGCGAUGCGGAUGAAAUUUGGUUUAUAUUGGAGUAUUGCGACCAUGGACCGGUGAUUGAUGUGGUCAAAAAGAUCCAUGCGUCCAAUCGGCGAGUAUCCGAGGAGCAAAUUGCUUACAUCUUGCGGGAAACUGCCAAAGCUGUCGUCUAUCUACAUGAGCACCAUGUCAUACAUCGGGAUAUUCGGGGCAGCAACAUCUUGCUGAACAAGGAAGGAGAGGUCAAGUUGUGUGACUUUGGUUUAUCGAGAGACAGCAAGUCUACCUUGGGGAAGAGAGGGACUUGCAUUGGGUCACCAAACUGGAUGGCACCGGAGGUCAUCAGCAGUUCUAAAAAUGAUGACGAAGUCUACGACAACAGAUCCGACGUUUGGGCGCUUGGAAUCACAGCGAUCGAGCUGGGAGAUGGUAAACCUCCGUUCGGAGAUAUGCAUCCCACCAGAACGAUGUUCCAAAUCGUUCGCAAUCCACCACCUACUUUGUACAGACCGGCGAAUUGGACUCAGAACUACAACGACUUCAUUACGGAGUGCUUGGAGAAAAAUCCCGAUCAUCGUCCGUUCAUGAUGGAGAUCAUGGAGCACCCUUUUUUAACCGAGCUUCCGGAAAAUGACUACCAUUUAAGUCAAGAACUGAAAAUGCUCGCGGCAUCUGUCAGUCACCUGCAGAUUCCGAAAAAAGAAGAGUUUAAAUUGAUCAAGGGAGCGCUGAAAGCGGCCGACAACAAGACGGAAAAGAUGUUCGUCGAGGAUUUGGCUGCACUGGAAACCGUCUCGGAGGAAACCAUUCUGGAAGAGCUUAUACAACGCUACAAGAGCGGGUCGACGUACACCUUCGUGGGAGAUGUGCUGAUUUCGAUGAAUGCCAACCAACCGCCGCCGGAGUAUGUUCGUGGGUUCCACACCAAGUACAUGUGCAAAUCCCGCUCGGACAACGCCCCGCACAUCUUCGCCAUCGCCGACAGUGCCUUCCAGGACAUGCUCCACCACGAGGAGCCACAGCACAUCAUCAUGUCCGGCGAGAGUUACUCCGGAAAAACAACCAACGUCAAGAUGUGCAUCAAGCACUUGUCUAUUCUGGGAGAAGGCAAUCCCGGAGUUUACCAAAAGAUUGAGUCCGGCUACAAAGUUAUGUCCGCCUUGGUCAAUGCCGGUACGCCUCUGAAUUCGGACUCCACUCGUAGCAUCGUUCAAACGCAGCUGACGUUUGGCUCGACCGGAAAACUGUCCGGCGCUAUUUUCUGGGUGUACUUGCUGGAAAAGCUCCGCAUUUCAUCUACCAAUAUGAACCAAUCGAACUUUCACAUAUUCUACUACUUCUACGACACGAUGGAAGCGGAGGAGCGGUUGCGUGAUUUCUCGUUGGCAAGUGGCCGCCACUAUCGCUACCUCCGCAUCCCGGAAUCGAAUGGUGGAAGCAAGCUUCGAUACUGCCGCGACGAUGUGGCGGGAAACAUUCGGGCGUUUAAAGAGUUUGAGCAGCUGCUCUUGGAGCUAGAGCUUACACCGGAUCUGCUCGAAACUGUAUACCGAACGUUGGCAGCCAUUCUGCUGCUGGGUGAAGUACGAUUCAGGGAUAAUGAAGGGGUAACCGAGUUGGAGGAUUUUGAAGUGGCAACCAAAGUAGCAGCCCUGCUCAAAUUGGACGAGAAGAAAUUCCAGUGGGCAUUGUUGAACUAUUGCGUGAUUAUUCGCGGUUCGGCAGAGCGUCGCAGACAUAGCGCAGACGAGGCAAGAGAUGCCCGAGAUGUACUGGCAGCGACGAUUUAUACUCGACUGGUGGAUUGGUUGAUCAACACGAUUAAUCAUAAGAUGUCUUUCGGGCGAGCCAUUUAUGGAGACCAGCAUUCCAUCACAAUAACGGAUCACUUUGGAUUUGAAUGUUUCCAUCGGAACCACAUCGAUCAGCUGGUAGUGAACUCGCUAAAUGAGCAGAUGCAGUAUUUAUACAAUCAACGGAUUUUCGUGUAUGAAAUGAUUGAACAGGAAGAGGAACAAGUUCCAGUCGUCCAGUUGCACUUUUACGACAAUAAACUGGCCGUAGACCAUCUGAUGAACAAACCGAAGGGUUUGCUCAGCUUCAUAGACGACGCAAGCCGAGGUCGGCAUAGUCAAAACUACAUCAUCGAUUCCAUCCACUCCAACAACAGUCCCUUCAUCAAACGAGCCAGUGGGCAUGAGUUCAGUAUUGCCCACUACACGGGUCGCAUUACGUACGAUGCUCGGGAUAUGGCCGACAAGAACCGGGACUUUAUCCCACCGGAGAUGAUCGAAACUCUGAGAAACUCAACUGAGCCCGUCGUAACAAUCAUGUUCUCGAAUCAACUGUCGAGGACCGGAAAUUUGACAAUGGCUGCCGAGGAAGCCCUGGGCAAGCAGACACAGAAGCCCAACAAGAAAAAACGAUGGGGCGCGGCAUUGGUGGCCGAAAAGAGCAAAGCCAAGAAAAUGAUGAAUACUUUGUCCAGAGGUCAGUACUCGCAGGUUCACAAAAUGCGCACGAUUGCCAACGUAUUCCGGGCCACGUGUUUGGAGUUGAUUCGCACUUUGGCUAUUGGACCAAAUAGUGGAGGAACACAUUUCGUUCGGUGCAUUAGAUCGGACCUGGAAUACCAACCGAACGGGUUAUCCAAGGAAAUGAUCCGUCAACAGGUCCGAGCGAUGGCUAUUCUGGAUACGGUUAAAGCACGACAGAAGGGAUUUUCUCAUAGGAUCCCGUUCCAAGAAUUUCUGAGGAGGUAUCAGUUUUUGGCCUUCGAGUUCGACGAAAAUGUCGAGAUGACCAGAGACAACUGUCGGCUGCUGUUGAUUCGUUUGAAGCUGGAGGGCUGGGUAAUUGGGAAAACGAAGGUGUUCUUGAAGUAUUACAACGUGGAGUAUUUGUCACACUUGUACGAAACGCAGGUCAAGAAGAUCAUCAAAGUUCAAGCGAUGAUGCGAGCGUUCCUUGCAAAACGAAACAUCGCUUCAAAGUUGAAGAAUAUACACAGGGCUUCAGUCCGAAAACGUCAAGUAGCGGAAAACCCAGACCAGGCUGCCCUUAGGAUUCAAACCGCAUUCCGUGGACACAUUGCCAGGAAAAAAUAUUGUCCAUUGAUAAAUGAGCGUACGGGAAAGCUGGACCAUGAUACUGCAGAAUUUAUAAAACCCUUCGCCGUUCGUUGGAGAAAGAAAUCGAUGUAUCAGAUCCUGUUGCAGUAUCGUGCCGCUCGCUAUCAGGAUCUUGUCAACUUCUCACAACAGGUUCACAUCUAUAAUCAACGGUACGUUGCGGGUGCCACAACCUGUAGUAACUGUAUCUUGCUGGAGAGGAUUGAUCCUUCCCAGCGAAGCCGGGCAUUGCUUGGUCAACCACGUCCAACGGUAUGGAAACUACGCUUCAGAUGGGAUGAAAUUCCAUUCUUCGAUACAACAUACAUGUGCGACCCUUCAGCCGCAUCGUACAUGUACACCGGAAAUGAUUCCGACACCGAAGACUGGGACGCUCCGCUGCGUCGGAGAAAGAACCUGUCAUCAGACAUCACUAGAUCGGCGCAACGUGGCCACCCGAACGAUCCUAUGGAUUACGGUAUGGCUAAUGAACCGUUUCAUCGGGACCCAAGUUUACCGAUCAGGAAAUUAUCGCCCCGACACAACGCAGACUACCCGGUACGGAAGUCUCCGGUCCACGCACCAGUGAACAUGUCUUCGGUUUACUCUCCGGUUCCAUACGCUCGCCAAAGCAUCGACGACAUUCGCAACAAGUUCGACCCAACGUCCUACGAAGACCCGAUGAUGAAAUCGGCUAUCUACAAGAAACGUCCAGCUCCGAAAGCACCGAUCGUAAUGGAAAAGGAACCGUCUCCACCGAUCGAAAGUCGAAACUACAAGAAACGCCCUGCACCUCAGCCCAUCAGACAGUGGGAGCCCAGAGCAGGACCGGAAUACAGUUACGAACCGAAAGUUACGCCGACCAAGAUUAAUCCCAUCAGGGAAAUGCAAAUGAUUGGCAAGAAGAGUAUCGAUGAGAACGAUAACACGGACGACGAACCGCCCUUCAACUUCCAAGGAAUGCUUCGAAAGACCAAUUACAACAGAGCAUCGAUGAAACGAUCCAAUGACAACCAAAGAAUGUCCUUAUCCAAUUUUGACUUCGAUGAUACAAACAACAAUAGCAAUGGUAACAACAACUCGUACAUGGAUAGUUUCAAACGCUCCGAUUCGAACGUAGUCUACCAGAGUAAGAUUGGCGACAAUCGUCCCAAGUCCUGUCAGGGUUUGGAAAAUGAAAGUGGUUCUACGUCUCCAACGCCACGUAAGCUUUCACUGGCACACGAUACGAUGAUGUUCAACGAGGCUACGGCCGGUCCAUCGCGUAGUCGCUCGACGACUCCGUUUGACGAAAACAAGAACAACUACAUCCAGGAGGAAAUCGCUCCGGGAAUAUUUGUGGAGGGAUACGUUGCCGACAUUUAGGGGAUGGUAUUACGAAUGUCAUCUAUUUUAACUGUUAAUUAAUUGUAUUAUGCAAGAUUAAAGCUCCUUGAAUGUUUCACCA